GGAGGUGCUGCCUGCUGCUCUCCGUGGAGCCUCUACAACGCCACGCGUAGGGCCGAGUGAGCGGUACACACGUGUCCCCCGGAGGACCCGGGAAGCUACUCAGAACAGGGACGUUGCUCACGCGGUGCCUGCAGAAGCGCUGCUCCACCUACGGCCGAAGUCUGCGCCCACUCGGAGAUAAUGAAAGGAAAAAGCACAUGAAUGCCCCAUGGAAACCUGUAAUCAAACAUCGAGUGAUUUCAUCUUAUUGGGAUUGUUCCCACCGUCAGCAGCCGGCCUUUUGCUCUUUGCUCUCAUUAUUCUCAUGUUCCUGAUGGCACUAAUUGGCAACCUGUCCAUGAUGCUCCUCAUCCUCCUGGACUCCCGUCUCCACACACCCAUGUAUUUCCUGCUGAGUCAGCUCUCUCUCAUUGACCUAAAUUACAUCUCCACCAUCGUCCCUAAGAUGGCUUCCGACUUUCUGUUUGGAAGCAAGUCUAUCUCCCUCAUGGGGUGUGGGAUUCAGAGUUUCUUCUUUUUGACUCUGGGAGGUGCAGAAACACUGCUCCUGACAUCCAUGGCCUAUGACCGCUAUGUGGCUAUUUGCUGUCCUCUCCAUUAUCAUGUCCGAAUGGGCAGAAGAGUGUGUGUGCUGAUGGUGACAGGGUCUUGGGUGCUGGGCUCUAUAAACUCAUGUGCCCACACGACGUAUGUACUCUCCAUCCCUUAUUGCCAGUCCAGGGCCAUCAACCAUUUCUUCUGUGAUAUCCCAGCCAUGGUGACCCUGGCCUGCAUGGACACCAGGGUCUAUGAGUACAUGGUUUUUCUGAGCACCAUCCUUUUCCUUGUGCUCCCUUUCUUUGGUAUUGUGUGUUCCUACACUCGAGUCCUCCUUGCUGUGUACCGCAUGAGCUCAGCAGAAGGGAGGAGGAAGACCUACUCCACCUGCACUGCCCACCUCACUGUGGUGACUUUCUACUACACACCCUUUGCUUACACUUACCUACGCCCAAGAUCCCUCCGAUCUCCCACAGAGGACAAGGUUCUGGCUGUCUUCUACACCAUCCUCACUCCAAUGCUCAACCCCAUAGUCUACAGUCUAAGGAAUAAGGAUGUGAUACAGGCCCUGAGAAGAGUGAUUCAGAAAAUAUGCUCUGUGAAAAUGUAGCCAAAAACUUUGCCUCAAUUCACAGGAAAGAAGAGUAAUUCUGUUUAACACUAUAUAGGAAUUAAAAAUGUUAUCUCAUGCCUAGAAUACAAGGGCUAAAAAUAAUCUGGGCAAAAAGAAAUGACUUAUAUCUGCACAAAAUUGAAAACAAUGCAACAGCUAGAGGUGAGUUAAGAGUAUAUCAUGAGAAAAACAAAAUAUGGCAUUCAGUUAUAUCUACUCACUUGAGAAAAAGUUACUUUUUUUCUAUUGUAGACUAAUGGAAUAUGAAUUUACAAUAGUAAAAUUUUUAUGCUGAGUGUUAACUUCUAGUAGAUAAUAUUAGCUUUUAUUUCUACACGACAAAAAGCAUUCUCACCAACAAUAUAUGAGCAGAAAAUAAAGACAUUAAGAGUAUAUUAUGAAGAUCUAUAUGCCAAGAAACAAGA